AUGUCGACCGCGGAAUCGGACGAGGUGGCUCUCGAUCGUUGCCUUAAACUUGGUGCCAUGAACUGGAUGCCCUUUAUGAUCAUCGUCGGUUCGUCGCCUCCGUACCGGUUCUUUGGUUCAAUGGUUCACGUGAUGGACAUCAUUGCCGAGCGGCUUAAUACAUGCUACGAAUUCGUGAUUCCUGAUGACUGGGUGUUUGGGACAAGACUCCCCAAUGGGUCAUGGACAGGCAUUAUGGGGCAGCUGGAGAGAGGGGAGGUGGACAUGUCAGGCGUGACCUUGUCAAACGACGCAGCUCGCAACGCCGCGGUGGACUUCAGUGAACCUCUGUACAUGGACACUCAGGUCCUCUCUUACAAGCGCCCGGUUUUGGAGGCAGACAUCGCCGGAUUCAUCAAGCCCAAAAACGAGGACAAAAAACAGAGUCCUAAGCUGGACACCGAGAGCAAAGUCCUUCAGCAGCAGAAGUGGGAGUCGGUGUGGUAUUCUUUCCAGUGGACAAUAGGCUCCACGCUGGCCCAAUCUAUCCCCUGGAUGCCCCGAGGAAACGCAGUCAGGGUCAUCGCCGGCCUGUGGCUCUUCUCCGCUCUCAUCAUCGCCUCCGUGUACCGCUCGAACCUCAAGGCCAUGUUAAUCCUCCCCAAACUGAAGCUGCCUUUCGAUAGCAUGGAGGAGCUGGUGGAGACCGACAUCCCUUGCAACGUGCCGAAGGGGAGCAUGCUGUAUCAGGCCGUUUUGUACGCGCCCCCAGGAUCUCUCCUCUCCCGCCUGAAGGAUCAGCUGGUUGACACCGUUGAAAAAGAUAAGGCAGUGAGUAACCUGUUGUCAGGAGUCAAUGCCAUCUUCAUCGGGAAAAUCAUCAUUGAGUUCGUGGCGCAUCAGACCUUUUCGCAGACAAGGACCUGCCCGCUGUACAUCGCUUCCCAGACGUUCUUCGGAGCAACUAGCCUGGGCAUUGCUUUCAAGAAGGGAUCGCCACUGAAAGCCAAAGUGGAUCCUAUCAUCCGUAAUCUGAAGGAGUUCGGCAUCCUCGACUAUCUGGUGCGGAAGGAAAUCAUUUACGCCAAAGAAUGUCUUCGGCAGGAAUCUCUCGUCGGUUCCGCGGGGUCUCUGAAACCUCUGAAACUCAAAGAUUUCUACGGCGUCUUUUCUCUCUAUGGUGCAGGGACGUUCCUCGCUAGUGUAGUCUUCCUCAUAGAGCUGAUUCUUCGGAGGAAAAGCGAUAGCAUGGCCUUUCUAAGGUUACCGGAGGCCUCACAGCUUCUCGUCAAGGCUAUCAAUGACACCUAA